CCCGCCGCGGAGUGGGGGAGGGCGGCCCGUGUGUGUCUGUGUUGUUGUUCCGCGGCGGCGGCGGCGGCGAUAAGAUGGCUGCCCACGGGGGCUCCGCGGCGUCGUCGGCGCUCAAGGGGUUAAUCCAGCAGUUCACCGCUAUCACCGGUGCAAGUGAAAGUGUAGGAAAACAUAUGCUGGAAGCUUGCAACAAUAACCUAGAGAUGGCGGUCACUAUGUUUUUGGAUGGUGGAGGAAUUGCUGAGGAACCCAGUACCAGCUCAGCAAGUGUUUCUGCUGUCAGACCACACACAGAAGAAGAAGUUCGUGCCCCAAUUCCUCAAAAGCAAGAAAUAUUAGUGGAGCCAGAACCUUUGUUUGGUGCCCCUAAAAGACGAAGGCCUGCACGUUCGAUAUUUGAUGGUUUCCGAGAUUUUCAAACUGAAACUAUUAGGCAAGAACAGGAAUUAAGAAAUGGAGGAGCAAUAGACAAGAAACUAACAACCCUUGCAGAUCUGUUCCGGCCCCCAAUCGACUUGAUGCACAAAGGCAGCUUUGAAACAGCCAAAGAGUGUGGCCAGAUGCAGAAUAAGUGGCUGAUGAUAAACAUUCAGAAUGUACAAGACUUUGCCUGCCAGUGUCUCAACCGUGACGUGUGGAGCAAUGAAGCUGUGAAGAAUAUUAUCCGGGAACAUUUCAUUUUCUGGCAGGUUUAUCACGACAGCGAGGAAGGUCAGAGAUACAUACAGUUUUAUAAAUUAGGGGAUUUCCCCUAUGUUUCCAUCUUGGACCCACGGACAGGUCAGAAGCUUGUAGAGUGGCACCAAUUAGAUGUAUCGUCUUUCUUGGACCAAGUAACAGGGUUUCUGGGUGAACACGGACAACUGGAUGGACUUUCUAGCAGUCCCCCCAAAAAAUGUGCCAGAUCAGAGAGCCUCAUAGAUGCCAGUGAAGACAGCCAGCUGGAAGCUGCCAUCAGAGCCUCCUUGCAGGAAACACAUUUCGACUCAGCACAGGCAAAACAGGAUAGCCGCUCAGAUGAAGAAUCUGAAUCCGAACUUUUUUCUGGCAGUGAGGAAUUCAUUUCGGUUUGUGGCUCUGAUGAAGAAGAGGAGGUAGAGAAUCUUGCUAAGUCCAGAAAGUCUCCUCAUAAAGAUCUGGGGCAUAGAAAAGAGGAGAACAGAAGGCCACUGACUGAGCCCCCAGCCAGAACUGAGCCUGGCACAGCCACAAACCAUCAAGGAUUGCCAGCCAUGGAUCCUGAGGUCUUGGAGAUGUCACCUGAAAAGUCAGAUGGAAUAGUGGAGGGGAUAGAUGUAAAUGGACCAAAAGCACAGCUGAUGCUAAGGUACCCAGAUGGAAAAAGAGAGCAGAUCACUCUUCCAGAACAAGCUAAACUGCUGGCUUUGGUGAAGCACGUCCAGUCUAAAGGAUAUCCAAAUGAACGUUUUGAACUUCUUACCAACUUCCCCCGGAGGAAGCUCUCUCAUCUGGACUAUGACAUCACCUUACAAGAGGCAGGCCUCUGUCCUCAAGAGACUGUCUUUGUACAGGAAAGAAAUUAACACCAUGGCCUGACCUCUCUCAGCUUACCCCUUUUUCCCUUUUCCUGUGAGGUACCAUGUCACUAAGUAUGCAUUUUGGCUCAUAGGACUAUAGAGCCAGAGCUGAGCAAGCAAGUCACCUGCCUUUAUUUCUUUCUGUCACCUGUAAUUAGUCUCUUUCCUGCUUAUCUUUCUCUCUGUGAUUUUCUUCCUUUUCUCACUUUGUUUCUUUCUUACUAAAUGUGGUGACCAAAUGGAAGUGUAAUAAGAUAAAAGAUCUCUCCUAGUACUGGCAGCAGGAAAUUUGUGUUCUAAUAAGUAGUCUCUUGUGUGUGGCACCUCUUUGGGAUCUAGUGGUGUUAACCCUAGACUCUUUUGACCUAAAAUAACUAGAAUCAGAAUUAAAAACAACCCCCCUUUUUGUAAGCCCCCAAUUUUGGAGGGAAAAGAAAUUCUCUUAACAUGCUUCUUGUUCUUCAUGUAGGAAGAUCUCUUAAUGAGAUCUUUUGUUUGUGUGGGAAAAGCAUCCCUUAUACUAUUGCUCAUUUUAUUUAAAAUUUCCAUCAAGGGUUAAGAGUUAUUUCCAUGAUGUGUGUUAUUGGCAGAAUGAGUGCCCAGUGUAUUGUGUGUAGCACAGGCGGGGCUUUCAAUGUCCUAGCCCGAGACAGUUUUCUUUAUUAAUACUCUGUUAGUUAUAUUCCUUUUUCCAGUCCUAGGAUGAACCUGUAGUGAGCAUCUUGUGUCUGGGCUAGGAAGGUGCUUGCUGUUUUUACCUGCACAGCAGAUUGGUUCCUUUGUCUCCAUUGUCUGAGUCUGUAGUGUUCUGUAGGAAGGCAGGUGUUCAAUAAUCAUGUAGUACAAUGGCUUGUAAUUGUAACCACUAUGGUUAUUGGUUGUCCUAUGUGCUUAAGGCAUACUUAGGUAUGUACCAGGGUUGGGUGGGUGGGCAGGGAGUGGGAAAACCUGCAGCUGAGAGUUGCUAGCAAUGUUCUUUUGGUUAGAAAUAGUGAUUUCGUUUUUUACCCCCAAUUGGAAUAAUCUCUAAAAUGCUCUGGUAACUAAUUGACUUUAAGGCCUCGUGCUGUUUUAUUUUAGAAAAAUCAAAACUGAAAGUCUCUGAGAGGAACACCUUGAAACUCUGUUCAUAAGACAGCAGUUAGUAAGAGGGACAUUACCAGUAACCACCAAAUGUGAAUCUUUUUUUGCCAACAAGUCACAUUCAAAUUGUAUUUGGUGAAAGCUUUUUUCAGUAUUAUUUAGAAGAGGCCACCUGAGUCUGAGUGGUACUAUUGAUCAGCUUCACUAUGUGCUCAGUUCUUUCCUUGAGCUUUUAGGUAGAAUGCUCUAGCAGGGCAGUAGUGAUUUGAUGGAAAAAUCAAAACUUUAAACUGCUUAUAACACCAUUUCUAUAGAAUGACCUUGUCAAGUGGAGAUUUUGAUUGAAUCUUGAACUUGAGGAACAUACAUUGUAAUUGCUCAAAGACCUUUGGGUUCCUGUGUACUUGGAGAUUGCUUUAUUGGCAACUAGGGGAUUAAAAAGAUAAGCUAAAGAUAUGUGGUAUGUUGCUAGUAUGUAAUAAUAGAAUAUGGUUGUUAAUGGUUGAAUUUUGAGGGACCUCCCUAAAGAAUGGGUUAUGUAUCUCCUCAAGGAAAUCAUGAGAAAUUCUGUUAUUUUUCAGUGAGUCCUUUUGAAUUAAUGUUCUUACAUUUUUUUCUAAGUCUGUGUAAGUGCUUAUGUAUACGUAUAUAAUUGUAUGAAUAUUUAUAAAUAUAUUUAUAUAAUUACAAUUUCAUUUAUACUUUGAGUCAAAGUUCUCUCUUUAGAUUGGUGACUGAAUAAUACCACUUUGUUUUUCAUAGCGCUUGAGGCUUAGCCAACAGUUUGGAUUUAUUGAACAAGCAUGUUAACUCCUCAGUUGUAGCUCUGAACUUGAAUAGAAACGGCUGUCUGAGGAAUGGAGCUGUAUGCUCUGAAGCAUCACAGCCUAAAGCCUCCGGGAGCCACAGGGUAAAAGAAGGAGAGUCCUCAACUUUGCUGUGCUGGCACCAUCUCCACUCCAACACAGACCCAGCGAAAGCCCCAGUCAAUCAAGAGUUUUCCAUAGAGGACUCUGCUGCAUCCUCUUGUCCUGUUCUUUUAGGUUGUGUCUUGAGACCCUGAUACAGGAUUUCUGAAUGAGAGGGUGUAUGCAGUUCUUUUAUAUGCUCAGCACUGGCAAAUCCAUUUAUGAGAACCAAAUUAAGAUGCUGAGGAUGUAUGUGAGUUAAGAGACAGGGCGUUAUACAUUUAUCAAGCUUAGUCAGGAUGAUGAGCUAGCUGUAGGGAAUUUUACUUCAUUUUGACCAGGAGUGUGAUUAUCAGGGUUGGUCCAUGGGAGGAAGGGUUAUGGAUUAUACAUGAGGGAAAUAAACGGGAAUAUUGCCUUGCUCAAGUAUUUAAUCUAUUACAUUUGUUUUAGUUCUUCUGCAAGUUAUUUGUCUUUCAAGGGAAGGCUUUUAUUGGACAGUCAAAUGAGGUCUGUGAGGUUAGUUAAACAUAUUCCCUGUAGGUAGUAAAAACAGGUGAAAAGUAUUUAAAGUAAGGAGGAAAGGGACAGGAUAGGCUUGAGAGUGACAUAAAGAAAGGGAAUGAAGACUAGUGAGAAAAGUGAGAGGAGUACUGUUUGGACUUGAGAGACCAGUACCGGGUGAGGGAGAGCAUAUGCUGUGUGUACUGUGUAUGUUUCUUCCUUCAGUCUUCAUGCAGCCCCUACACAGUAUAUUCUGCUCAUUUAUAAAUGAGGAAGACAACUGGAAUUCAUACAGCUUGCUCAGUGUGUCAUUACUAGUAAGGGCCAAGUUAAAAUUAGAGCCGAGAGUCUGUUCUUUACCCUUGUGUGGUGUGGUGUGUUGUCCUACAUCAGUUGUAGUCCCUUUACUCUGAGGUCAUCUUAUUAUUAUUUGGCUUUGCAAACUAAGAAUUUUUGUUUCCUUAAAACUGGAAGGUGUAGUUGGGGUCAAGAUUAUAGGAUUUUUGCUCUCCCUAUAAAAUCCUAAUUAUGCCAUUUUUAACAGACAUUUGUCUAUUGCUUUUUGUUGUUGUUUUUUGUUUUUUUACGAGACAGGGUUUCUCUGUAUUGUUUUGGAGGCUGUCGGUCCAGCCUGGCCUCGAACUCACAGAGAUCCGCCUGUGUCUAUUACUUUUUAAAAUAAUUCAAUAAGGAAUUAUUUGCCAAGAAUAGAUGGAACCAUAGGAAAGAUAAAAAAAGAAGAAGCUACAGUUAUCUUUUCUCAUAGAUUAUCCAUGAUAGGCUAUUCAACAACCCUUUGUUCUUUAUACCUUUUUGUUUUAUCCUGUAUACAACUCUCUGUAUUAGCAUUCUGUUGAGUCUGAGUUGAAAGUCAGAAAUACUUUGAAAGCUAAGGUCUGAUUCUACUGUUUUAUCCAGUUAUGGAGUCAUGUAUAUACAUGCAUAACAGCAGGAAGGGGAAUGUUAACCCUUUCAGGGUUGAACUGUGGUUACAAUAGGAACUCAAGAGGGAAGGAUAGUAUAGGUCUAGUUAGGGGUGUUCUCACAGAGAAGAAAUAUGGAUGGUAGCAAGCACUGUGGCUCAUUCUUUCAGUCUGCCUCUUGAAAGUACCAAAUUUGGGGCAUUAAGUUUACCAGUAAGUUAAGACCUUUGCCCGAGUAAUAAAGAAUUUUGAACUCAAGUACUAAAAACUCUUUAAUUAGCAGGAAUCUCACUUGAACACUUAAGAAGAAUACCAAAGGGCGCCUGAAAAAUGAAGGCAAGAUUUCUCUCCCUGGGUACAAUACGUGGUGUUUGAUCCUGGGACAAAGAAGGCUGACUGAUGGGUUCAGUGCACUUGGGUAACAGCUUUGCUUCUAUCUUGGCAAGUUACUUUCUUCUGGCUUCCGAAUCUCUUAUUUGACAAACAGAAUCAGAGUAGAUUAAUAGUUCGCUGUCUUUUCAAGUCAAAGGACUUUAAGUGUUUUUAAUUUUGACAUGAGUGGGGAAGAAUACAGUUAACUACUAAUAGAAUCAACCUCGUGGAGGAAGUGUACACCUGGAAUCAGCCCUUACAGAAAAACUUUAUCCCCCCCCCCAAUGUUUUGUGUGUCUGGUCUCUCCCUUUAUUUUAUAUCAUUCUCAGACUAAUUCAAGUGUUACAAAGUACUUGUUAAUCGUUAAUCAGUUCCUUUUGCUUUUUUUCUGUGUCCAAGUAUCUUUUAUCCAAUGUGUCCUCACUGCCGUGACAGAAAUCCCUCAAAGCAGAGUACAAUAGUUACAGAUCUAGUGGUCUUUAAACAGCCAAUUAUUUUUUAAGAACUUAACGCUGUAAGCCUAAUGAGUUUUAAGGAUGACUUGAAAUGCAAUGAAUGCAGAGUGGGAUGUCCCCAAUACUGGAGCUGAAUUUCUGUGCUUUAAGCUAAGUACUGGCUAUGCAGUUGUGAAGUUGAUUUACUGAAAUUCACACUUGAUUUGGGCAGAUGUGACCUUUUCAAAGUUUCCAUUAAGCUGAAUGCUUAAAAAUAGUUCUUGUCCCAUAGAGUAGAUCUUUAUGGUGUCAUACCUUUUAGAGAUCUUUCAUUUACUUACUUAAUAGUAAAUUACAGUGUACAAAUUUAUGAGUAAUCUCUUGUAUAAAACUAAAACUUGAAAAGUAAUGAGUGUAGGAAGAACCAGCCUCUCAGACUCAAGCUUUGCAGCAGCUUAAGCCUUAAUGAGUAGACUUCUUAUGGCAGUCACUCGACCACCUAAUUUACUCCCUGAGUUACAUAUCCUAAAGGCCCUGAACAUUGAGCUUUGUUGGUUUGCCUUACUUAAUUUCAGUUGUUUACUGUGAAACUUAGAUUCCCUAGUUCACAUUUUAGAAUGGUGCAGGAAUGUUCUUUAGAACUCAAAAUAACCAAAGAGUGCCAUUCUAAUAUAGUGAUUUCUCCUGUAACACAGAGAUUUAGUAUUUCAGAGGUGGUUAUUUGGGCUUUAGACUCACCUUUGUGUUAGUCCUGGUGAUGAGACAGCUUAGAAUUAAGAGGUAUUGGUUUGUUGAUUUUUUUUUUCUUUAAAGAGCAGAGAUUAUUAUGUCCUUAGUUAGUUUCUCCCUUAAAGAACCUGGAUGCCUAGGUUGUUGGAUAUGAUGAAACCCUGAGGUGAAACAGCCUUUAAUCUUUAUUCUCCAUUCUCUUUUUUUUUUUUUUUUUUUUUUUGUCUGUUUUGUUUGUUUUCGAACACUUAAUGUAGGUCAGGAGAGCCUCUUUUUUUUUUUUUCUUUUUUUUUUUUUUUUUUUUUUUUUUUUUUUUCUUGAGACGAAGUCUCUGUCCUGACCUCUUAAGUGACUGUAGUUGAACAUGACCUUGAACCUCUGGGUCCUCCUUGGAUUACAGUGAGCCACCAUCCCUGUCUCCAUUCUUUUUCUAAUUUUCUCCAAAAAUUGUCAUAGUUAAUAUACUUGGCUGUGUUUUUAAAAUUAUAUUUCUAAGCUUUAGUAUAUACUUCUUAUUUUUAAUAAAUUAAUAUAGAAGGGAAUAUUUUGAGGCAAACAUCCUUUUUACAGCUCAUUUCCUUCCUAAGGAGAAUUCUCAUUCCAAGUAAGAGAAUGACUGGCUCUGUGAUAAACCCCCAAGGCAGUUAGUUUGUUUAUAGAUUUUUGGUUGCCCUACUUAAAUCUCACCAUUCUUGUAAACAUUUUGUUUUUUAAAGACACAACUGCUGAACCAGCACUUAGUUUAAAGCACACUCAGUAGCCCAGACUGGUCUGGAACGUAUUAGCCUAGGUUGGCCUUGAGCUGUUCUGGGAUCAUAGGUGCAAGCCACUACACUUGGCUUAACCUGAUUAAUUUUGACUAUGUUUUUAAGAUGGCCUUUAUACCAUAUAAUCCCAAAAUAAACUUGGGUUAUCCAAAUGGACUUGAUUAAACAUAGUGAAGAAGUUUGCAAAAACUUGCUCAUGGGGCUGGAGGGAUGAGCAGUUGUUCUCAUAGAAAUCCUGGGUUCGUGUCUCAGCAACCACAUAAAAGUUCACAACUGUCUAUAGCUCCAGUUCUAGAGGAUCCAACUUGUCUGAGUCUGAGGCCACUAGGCAUGCGCAGGAGGCUGAGACAGGAGGAUUGCUAGUUCCAGUCAACCUAAAGUUAUAUACCAAGAUCUUGACUCAAAAAUAAAAUUUUUCUUGCCUCGUCCUUUUUGGAUAUAUCAGUAGUUUGCUUUGGCAUGUGUUUGUAUAUCACAGUGCUUUUCUAGCCCCAAUUAAAUAUCAUCAUUCUUUCAAGAGUUAUAAUUAAAGCUACCAUAGUACCAUAUACAAGUGUCUGUAUGAACACAUCUCAUUGCCCUGGGGGAAAAUAGUGAGAUAUAGAAAUACUCGUUUAUAUAGUGAGUCUAUGUUUGAUUUUAUAAACCAGAAAACCAUGGGUCUGGACAGAUGGCUCAGCAGUUGAGGGUCUGGACAGAUGGCUCAGCAGUUGAGAGUCCGUGCUGCCCUUGCAGAGGAACUGGGUUUAUUUCCCUAUACCCACAUGGUAGGCCACAACCAUCCAUAACUUUGGUCCCAGGGGAUCUGAUGCCCUCUUCUGACUAGGCAUGCAUGUGGUACAUAGAUACACAUGCAGGCAAAACAGUUGUACACACAAAAUAAAUUUUAAAAAUUGUUUUAAAGAUCUGCUCACAUAAUUAGAGAUGUGAAUACCAAUGAUAGUAUUUUGCCUAAGAACAAUCAUAAGUAUGGGAAGUUACAUUAUUGCACUUAAUUCUUUGGCAGUUAUCAACAGACUUUUAUUGUGUAAUGGUCCUUCAUCUAACAAUUAAAUUGCUCUAAGAUUUUAAAUGCCUUAUAAGGUCACUUAGGUUUUCCAAUGGGAAGAAGAGGAGUCAAGCUAAACUGGCACAAUAGGUAAUGCCUAAUCACCUGUCUCCACCAGAAAGGAAGCUGUGGGCUGGUGUGUAUUCAGGACCCUGGGUUCAGUGUCCAGCAUUACCAAGAAGAGCAGUUCUUAAUCUAGGAUACCCAUAGUCACUUAUUAAUCAUUAAAAUUGUGGACUAUUUUAAGUGAGAUAAGUUCUGACCUGAAAUUGGUUUUUCCCUUUCUCAAAAUCCUUUGUUUUUACUUGUAUUCAUGGACUCAUGUGAGAAUUUUAACUGAUAGGGAACCAUUCAUUCUGUAUCAAGAUAGCUGAUGUUACAGUGUGUGUUCCUAAGAUGAAUUUCAAGCUAAUGACAUUAGAAUAUUUAUAUUCGGUUUGAUACCUUGUUUUCAACAAAUUGAGCUUUAUAGUGUGCUUUUCUCGCAGCUGCUGAGUUUUGUUGUUGUUGUUUUUGUUUUAUGUUUUGAUUUUUCAAGACAGGGUUUCUCUGCGUAGCUCUGUAGACCUGGCUGGCCUAAAACUCACAGAGAUCUGCCUGCCUCUGCCUCCCGAGUGCUGGGCACCCCUGCCCAGCUGCUUUGUUAUUAACAAUGGAAAAUAUCAAUAAAUUAUAAGUGAUAUGAUUCAAAA